GCAACUUUUAAAAAUAUAUUACAAAUUGCAUAUGCCGCACAUAUACUAUAUGUAUAUAUACAUAUAACUGUGGUGUGGUCUUGUUCAUUUAUGAUUUUAUUUGACUCUCUUUUUUUUUUAAUCACAUUUGUUUAAAUAAGGUUGAGAGUUGUUGAUAACGUCCAAUAUUGUGCCCGAUGCUCCCUGGGAUAGGCUCCACCCUGAAAAGGAUAAAGCGGUAUAGAAGAUGGAUGGAUGGAACUAUAAUACAGUUCCAUAAUGGUGUUGUGUCCAUGUCAGAAUUGGCCAUCCAACUACACUACCCAUAACACCACGUGGCCUACAAACAUGGCCGUCAAAGACUCCAAUUCUUACCUAUAUAAGGACUCUCAGUGCACUCACCCAACUGCAAAGUAUACACACUUAUGUUACUAUACCAGUUGUUGCCAAGUCUUGUUAUCUAGACAUAUUCUCUCUGUCAUAUCAUACACUAUAUAUACUGUUGUGCUCAUAAAAUUUACAUACCACUUGCAGAAUCUACAAAAUGUUAAUAAUAUUUUUUUAAGUAAGAGGGAUCAUUAGAGGGGGCUACUGUGGAUCAGGUGGUACAGCGGGUUGUCCACUAAUCGUAGGGUUGGCGGUUCGAUUCCUGGCCCACGUGACUCCACAUGCCGAAGUGUCCUUGGGCACGACACUGAACCCCGAGUUGCUCCCGAUGGCAAGUUAGCGCCUUGUACGGCAGCUCUGCUACUAUUGGUGUGUGUGUGAAUGGGUGAAUGAGACACAGUGUAAAGCGCUUUGUAGAACCUCUAAAGUUAAAAAAGCACUAUAUAAGUGCAGACCAUUUACCAUCAUUAAAAUUUAGAUUCUUAUUUAAAGCUAUUUCACAUGACAGAUUUUUACAUAUAGUCCACAAACCACAAUAAUAAAAUAAAUUUGCGCAAAAGAACCAGUUCAAAAGUUUACAUACGCUUGGUUCUGGGUACAAAUGCAUGAGCAUCGGGUUUCGCACACACACAAGCCCAUUACCCCACACACACACUGAGCACUUUCUGCACAUGCCACACGGCUUUGAAAUUCCAAGAGAGUCUUAAUGCGAAGCAGAGGCAUCAUUUUUCUGCCCUGCCUCCUCGGCUCCAGCUGCAGAGCGAAGCCAUGUUUUGAGUGACAGUGUGAUUGCACUUCUGAGAAAUGCAUCGUGUGGGGAUAGUGUUGGUGGGGCUUGUCUUGUCAAGCUGCAGCACAGCGUUGUCAGCACGAACAGGCAAGAACAGACAGCGCUCAAAGACAAGGGAUGAACUUGUGGGCCCCCGGGAACAUGCUGGAGCAGAGGAAGCUGGAGUACGAGAACCCGGAGGAUCUUCGGAGACUGACUUCUUGGCCGACUUUGCAGGGAAAAAGCGUUUAUGGGUGAUCACCGCCCCAUCAUACAGUGAUAACUACUUACUCAUGAUGGAGAAACAGAUCCAGGAAUCUGAAGGGCUGAAGUGUCGAUUAGCAGAGAGAGACACCCUCAUUGUCACCAUUAUUCAGAAUGCAAUGAUGGAAGGCAAAAUCCAGCACACAACCAUGGAGGGACAGGCCACCGAGCAAGCACUGGAUUCAGACAUGGUGACAAAACUGCUUCAUUACCUGGAGCUAGAACACCAGACCUUCUCCAUGUUGAUCCUGAAGAAGAACCUGAAGGUUGGUGAGAGGUUUCCUUACCCAGUCCGUGUGGAGGCUGUUUUGGAGGUUAUCGAUAACCUCCCUGCACGCAAGCUGGAGAGAGUUGCAAGGAAAGGGUCACUUCAGAGAUGCAAGAUCACCAAGAAGAGGUUAGUAGUGAAACAGAACGGUGGUAAGAAGAGACUCAGCACUCAGAAACAGAGAAACGUUACGUCCAUCUUUCCUCCACAGCGACAAACUCUGGACCGAAAGGCAGCCAUCAGAAGCAAGAUUCAGGAUAUUCUCAGCGGACGAUCCAGAUUCGUCAUCCGUAAAACCCUGGUGAGUCCGGGCGGUGGCAAGACGAUCUCCACUCCCAAACCUGGGGCGAAUAAAGUUUUGAAGCUCAAGCUUGACAGUCGAACAGAAAGCACUGAAGAUGCAGGAGAGAAAACAGCAGCGAAAGUGGAGAACAAAUAUGACGAUAAAGGGAAUGGGCGAACGAGUUCGAUCACAGGGGUUAAAGGAGCGCAAACGGACGACUCGUCCAAACAGAAAGGCAAAGGAAAGAAGGAUAAGGAGAAGAAUAAGAAAAAGGGGAAAAGAGGAGGGAAGAAGUCACAACGAGAGGCGGACGGUAAAGAAAAAACAGCUCUCAAAGAGUUUAUGGAAAAGCUCAAGGGCCAGAGAAGACUUCUUGUCAUUUCUUCCCCCAGUGAGGUCUCGAGUCAGUAUCUCCAACAGAGAGAUGAUAAUGAGCUGCACAGUUGUGACUUGGCUUUACGGAAAAUUACAGUGCUGUCCAUCCUGGGCUCAGAGCAAAGCCCCAACCUGCGACUGCAACACUAUCAACAAGAUGGAGAUCCUCGACUCGCCUUGCUGCCAGACAACAUCAAAAAUCCUGACCUGAUCAGUCAAAUCCGCAAAGAGUACGGACUUGUAUCUAAGGAAUUCUGCAUGACGGUGACGGACUAUGACCUGAGACCUAAUCUUGGAAUGGUGUUCGAUUCACCAACAGACCCAUCCGCUAUUAUAAAUUACAUCGACACCUUCCAGUCUCGUUGGUUGGAGAAAGCAGAGGAGAAGGAUACUCCCUCAGCCUGUUCUCCAUCUGAGGCUAAUAAUCAGGCAGAGAACUCUUUGCUCAGGUUUAUGUCCAAUAGAAGACUUCUGAUCAUCUCUGCUCCCUCUGAGGAUGACUAUUCCUUUCAUCAGCAGAUUCAAGCUCUUAAUGGACAGGAGUGUAACAUGGGGAUCCGUCACUUUGCUUUGCUGAAACUUGUAGGCAAAGGGCAAGAGGCUUCAGGGACUGUUGAGCUAUUUCCACUGAAUGGCAAAAGUCAGACUGAAAAAGAGCUACUGUCACCAGAAGUUGUGAGGAAUCUGAGAGACCAGCUGAAGAUCACCACGGACUACUUCAGCAUGCUGGUGGUGGGGAAGGACGGAGAGGUCAAAGCAUGGUUUCCAACAGCAAUGUGGUCCUUGUCGAAUGUCUAUGACUUGGUCGACUCCAUGGAGUUACGUCAGCAGGAACAGAAGCUUCAGCAAACCCUUGGUAUUCACUGUCCCGAAGACAGGGGUGGUACUUACCAUGGAUAUACACGAGAGACAGAGGACAGCUAUCUGUAACAUCAAUCAGAGGACUGACGGUACAAGCACAUUCAAGAACAUGCGAAUCAGAGACGUUCGCUGACAUCAUGAGGAAAUGCUAGGUAGCAAGUAGAAUAUUAGGAAAGUCCAUUUGAUUUUUGUAUGUACAGUACAUAUCCAUUGCAACAUUGAAAGUUAUUGCUUAUUUCCAAUUUAUUAUAGGCUGAAUUAUUUGAAAAAGCCAGUAUAAAAAUCAGUUUUUUAUGUUUUUUAUCUCUAAAACUAUUCUACCUGAAAAUCAUGUCAAGUAGAACUGUUAUAUGCUGCUAUCACAAUAUAUAUUGUAUGUGUACCAAACAACUACUGUGUUGGAAAUUUGUAUUUGGUCUCAUCUCAGAAAACCACUUAUAACAUCCAGUUAGAUGGUUCAUAUACAGUUCCCUCCACUAACAGUGUCCGCCUCUAUUGGCGCCAUUGGUAAAUAUGAGCAAAGAAGGCUGUGAAAAAUGGUCUUUAUUGUUUAACCUUUUGAUCUUUUGUUUAAAAAAAAAUUCACAAGAAUACUCUGCUCUCACGGA